GUUCCCAAGUACAGUUCGUUUGUCAUCUCUAAUCCGACAGGACAAUCUUACAUGGCAGCAGAGACGACCUCAAAUCAACUGGACCGCGAGAGCAAAUAUACAGGGAAUCUAAAUCAGUUAUGGUUGUACACGCCCUCGAAGAAACUACUGAACUUAAAAACACUGGAGUGUCUUGAUGGCAAAGAUAAUUUAAGGGUGGCUCUGCGUCGAUGUACGGUCGAUAGGAAUGCAACACAGAUGUGGCAUUGCAACAGUUCUGCAGAUAAGCUUUACGGCAUUUAUGACGGAGCAAAAUGGUACUUAGAUUUCACAAGCAGUCGCUUUUAUAUGGGAUUUGAUGCAAAUUAUAAAUGGGUAGCGAAUAAAGGCGCUGUCAGUCGAUCAAUAUGUGAUAUACCAGAUACAUACAAAGGUUGGUGAAUAUGGUCUUCUAUAGUGGUAGUAUAAUAGACUAUAGUAGUAGACUCAGGGACGCCGGAACGAUCAUAAGGCAAAGGGGGGCGGACCCACAGCAAGGGCACUUCUCUAAAGCAAAACUUCAAAAUCUUCUGAAUUUUUUUUUUUUAAUCAAAAAAUUUCGGCGACCUCUCCCCCCCCCGUCGCCAAAAAAAUUUCGGUCAGUGUACCAUUUUAGGGGUCAAAAUUUUUUUCCGGACAUACCACAAGUGAAAUAUAAACUGUAUUUGUCUGAAUCUCAUAAUUUUCGUACAAACACCAUCGUUCUAAAUGUGAUUUAUCACGUAUUUUUUUAUAACUAAAAGGGCACUUCUGCCCCCCCUGCCCCCCCCUAGCAAAAGGCAAGGGGGGCAGCCGCCCCCCCCCCUGCCCCCCCAGUUCCGGCGUCCCUGGUAGUAGUAGGUUUAUUCAACCUCCCCGUAGAACUUUUCAGGUUUAAAUUACACGUCUUGGAAUUUACAAUAUAAAAAGCGAAUAGCUAUUAUAAGUUAUUACAAAUAUUAAAAUGUCAAAAGUACAUUAAGAACCAUGUACAUCAUAAAAUCUAAAAAAAUAAGUUCCUUUCAAAGUUGAAAUGUUUGAAAACUUUUCAUGAAGACGUUUCUUCACUGGUUUCUUAAAUUGGGGUAAAGAUAUUAACGUUUUUCUCCUGUUCUUCAAGCGUAUUCCAAAGUUUCUUCUUCAAGCGUACGUCUUAUUCGAACAUCGCGCGUGUCAUCAGCCGAAUGCGAGUGAAUUCAAAGUAAUGAUCGAGUUUUGGUCAUUUAUCUGACAUUCGAAGUUUGAAGUAGGCCAAGUAUUCACUCUAGAUAUCGUAGACAGCUACCCGCUGCUGUAACCAAUCAGAUUACAGGAAAUCAAAAAUAUCACUAGGCAUGCACGAAUAAAAAUAAUAAAAUACAAGUAUUUUUCAGCACACAAUCCGUAACAAUGUGAUUACAAAAUUCACGAUCCGUCUCGUAUUGGAUCAUGCUCUACUUUUAUACGGUUUCCUUGCGUAUUAAAACUCACAUUCAACAACUUGCCUGAAAAUUGUUGCAUUCGUUGGUUUCAGGAGUAUUUCGUUAACUUUCUCUUCGGUUUAUGUAUAGGGUCAUCACGAACUCCAUAAAAUAAUAAGAACAAGUUGUGUGAUUUGUUCGUUAUAUAAGAAAACUUUACCAACGACUUUCUAAUGAACUAAUCACAAACACUGAUAACUUUUGCUAACGGAAGUCACAACAUAUGUGCGAGCUAUAGCAACGUGCUUAUUAAACACAGCCUUAGUCCAAGACUGAACCAUGGUCGCUUGGAUUCUUGUUUUCAUGUCCAUCGCCAGUCAAAUGAUAUUUCAAUCUUAUUUUACGCAGUCCAUAUUUAGCUUCUUCAUUUUCUGCCAUUCCCAGUUCCCCUCUAGGUUCGGCUUCGUACAGCCUAGUCCCUCGGCCUCUUAGUACGCCUAUUGCGCGUUUCUGCACAUUAAUGAGGUAACGCACGUAAAUCAAAAGCUUGCACAGAGGACUUGGGACUGGUCUGGGCUUCGUAAUUACUCUGGCUGGCUCCCCUUCAAAUCAUCUCUUCUUAUUAACAUAAAAAACAAACAGGUUUGACAAGGUCUUCUUCUUCCCGCGUGGGCCUGCAUUCAGCUCCGUGCGCCAGUUUUUAGAUUUCGCAUUUCAGCAUCACCAUUCCAUUAUACAGGAUAUUUUUUUAACUAUUUUGAUAACAUUACGCAGCUUGUGGUUGGACAAUUCAACCAAACCAUAGGUGCUCGACAACCAAAGCCUAUAAGGUUUAGUUAUUGGUGAUGGGAGAAAAUCUAAGGAUCCGAAGAAAAAAGCCAUGGAACAGGAUAAACAAUCACAAUUAUACAUAGGUUUUCAAGCAUAUGGGAGUUACAGAACUUGAUUAAAUUCCUUACCCUCGACCUAGUAGGCUUACAGUAACACAGCAGUAAGAGGCCGCACGCUAAUCACAUCCGCUCCCCAUAUGUAUACUUUUAUCAUGACGCAGGUAUUGACAAGCUCAACUUCUUUCUCUUGUAAGGAUGUUACAGAUUUACAGAUGGUACCUCGGUAAAAAGAUUCAGCAGCAAACCGCAGCUCAAAAACUGUACAGGAAAGUUCGAUGGUGACUGCUUCCAAAAGUAUAAAAUUUCGGCACCAAUUUUCAGUGGUGAUGGACACAGUUCUAAUUGUUCUAUAGUUUGGCAGGAAUCUUAUUUUUCUGUCAACGACCAGCCUUGGAAAAAAUUCCGGUGGUAUGAGAAUAAUUUUCACCACGGGGGAACUGAGUUACAACCUGGAGUGAUAGAAUUUGAGGUACGUUUAGAACUUACAGUAACUAGCAUUAUUUGUACUGUGUUGCUCCUAACGGAGUUCUAAAGUGGUCCCCCAGAGUUACAGUAACUCACAGUAGUGCUUCUCAUGGUACACCAUGAACUGCAGCAUGUUUCAACAACACACCUCUGUGUAUUUAUCUUUUUUAAAUAUGUGUUCUUUUUUUAAUCAUUUCUUAUCACUGAAUGUUUUGGUAGGAUUGUUUUUGCUUCGUCUCUGCAUAUUUCUUUGGUGUCACGAAGCCGAUAAAGUGAGCUGCUCUCUGAUUUCAUUGAUUUGUUGUGCUUGUUUCUCUUAGAAAUUUCUACUCACACAAUUAGUCGCCUGAGGAUCGGUGAUUACAAGCCUAUAGUCACUUUGCUUGCGGCUUAUCCAUAAGCUUGUCAUCAGCUCGUCUUGUGGGACUAUUUGUUAGUUUAUCCAAUAGGAAACUUACACUAAACUAACUUACUUUAUGCUGAAAAGCUCUAUUAGUUUUCAACUGUUUCCGUACAGAUCCAGUGUGAGGUAUGUUGUUCCACUUCCAGUCUAAUGGCAGGAGAAAAUAUUAGAACCUACGGGAUCAGCGAUCGAACAUAUAUAAUCUUGAUUAAACGAUUGUUAAUUGUAUAAAUACAGUAUAAAGAUAAUGGCGAUGCUCAAUUUUUUCCAGCUGUUUAUCAAUCUAGUUCAAAAUCUUAACGCCAAUCAUGAUUUUGUGUUUAUAGUUCCACGAGGACGCGAAAAGAGUGUGGGCAGGUGCAUUGAUGAAGCUCGAGGUCCAUUGUCAAGAUUACAAUCCUUUCACGCAGAAAGCGGCAUUUGAAAACCAGUGUAUGCUGCUGAAGUUUGAUGGAGUGUUUAACGAGUCAUUACACAAGGUACCGUCAUGUAUGAAAUUUAUAAGGGCCUGUUCACAUCAGACCGAUUGGAUGGGAAGUUCGCCUUGUUACCAACGCAAGUUAAACAUAAUUCGUAAAUAUCUACUGAAAAAUAACUUCGAACUCGGCUUCUUGCACUGGAAAUUUGCCGAUGUAGAGUGAAUAGUGCAGCCGAUUAAAACAUAUACGGUAAACAUAAUUUCUUUUUCUAGACAGCGAGCAUGUAAUGUAGAGUAUUUUAAUUUUCCAUUUAAAAAAAAACACAACUGAUACAGUUCAAAAACGAACUGUGCAGAUUGACUUGCGACUUUACUUGGUCACAGACAAAACGACUUGUGACUUUACUUGGUCAACGACAAAACGACUUGUAACUUUACUUGUUUGUUCUUCGUUUCCAACUGGCUUCAAUUUUCACUUCUACCUGGUAUGAAGAAAGUUUGUUUUCUAACCAAAAUGUUAUACUCCACGUUGUUAUACUCCUUUUUAGCAUCCUCCAACACACCAUUCAACCAAGACUCACGAGGUACCGUCAUGUAUAAAAUUAUAAGGGCCUGCAUGUUCACAUCAGAGCGAUUGGAUAGGAAGCUCAUGCACCUUGUUACUAACGCAAGUUAAACAUAGAUUCGUAAAUAUCUACUGAAAAAUAACUUCGAACUCGACUUUUUGCACUGGAAAUUCGUCGAUGUAGAUUGAAUAGUGCUGCCGAUUAAAAAAUAUAAACAUCGAUUGCUUUUUCUAGACAGUGAGCUUGUAAUGUAGAGUAUUUUAAUAUACCAUUGAUUUCUCCAGUUCAUUUUAAAGAGAACUGUACAGAUUGACUUUCGACUUAACUUGGUCGCAGACAAAAUGACUUGUGACUUGACUUGGAUUGGCAAGAAAUGAUUUGUCUUGACUUGACUUGGACUCUCAAAACGAGACUUGUUUUUUCCAACUAGCUUCAAUUUUCACUUCUACCUUGUAUGAAAAAACUUCGUUUCCUAACCAAAUACACUCCUUUUUAGCAUCUUCCACCGUCAUGUAUAAAAUUAUAAGGGCUUGUUCACAUCAGACUGGUUGGAUGGAUGCUCACCUUGUUAUCACUGAAAAAUAGCUUCGAACCCAACUUCUUGCAUUGCAAAUUUGUUGAUGUAGAGUGAAAAGUGCAGCCGAUUAAAACAUAUAAACAUAAUUUAUUUUUUUUAAACAGUGAGCUUGUAAUGUAGAGUACAUGUAUUUUAAUAUAUGAUUGAUUUCUCCAGUACAUUUUAAAAAGAACUAUACGCAGAUUGACUUGUGACUUCACUUGGUCACAGACAAAAUGACUUGUGACUUAACUUGGAUUAGCAAGAAAUGACUUGACUUGGACUCUCAAAAUGAGACGUAUUAAAAACUCUGUUCUUCGUUUCCAACUGGCUUCAAUUUUUACUUCUACCUGGUAUGAAGAAUGUUUGUAUUCUAACCAAAAUGUUUUAUUCCAUUUCUUUUUAGUGUCUCGCAACACACCAUCCAACCAAGACUCCAGAUUGGCGCAAGGGUAGACCAGAAUCAUCAAACCCAGACUCAAGAUACAAAUCAAGUGCUAUUGCACUAUCCGUCGUAUUGGCUGUGGUCCUUCUUAUAGUGAUAGUCGUCACUGUCAUGGUAUACAGACGGCACAGCACACGAGCGUGGGUAGCCACAAACGGAGUGGAUGACGACGUCUCUGCAAAACCGUUUUGUGACACUGAGGACCGUUUUUAGUUUGAAGAGAUCGAGGAAGAGAAAGAACGCACUUGCACACCGAAAGCACAUGAUCAAGCCAUGUCCAUGAUUAAGGUAUGACGGUGGAAGUGACACAUUUGAAAAUCAAUGCAGUGCUAAAUGAUGUUAGAGACAUCCCUAAUCAGUUGGAUAUUCUUAGAAACAUGUUUUAUAUUACAAUAUGCCUAGGUAUUAUUUUAAAUAGCGAUCUUACUGUAAAUAUCGGUAGGAUUGUAAAAAUGCACGGGCAUCGAUCGACGAUGACACGGUUUGGAAUCGGUAAAUCACUACUGUUUAUCGUGCUGUAAACCUUAUAUUAUAACAUACUAGAAAUAUUUAUUAAUUAAUUAAAUAAGGAUGCAGAAGUUGCUGUGAGCAUUGGCAGCGUAAGAUUAAGCUACCGGGUUGCACGCUGCAAUCAAUCGUGUACGAUUCGUUUUCUGGCGUAUGUCAUUGAGUAAACACGCGUAAUAAGCUGGCUACACUUGAAAUUUAUUUUUAACGAAACGGCAAUGAAUUAUGGCGUCAGUAUUCAUUUUAAUACGCCAGAAUACGAAUCGUAUACGACAAAUCGUAGCGUGUAAACGUAGCUUUAUAUAGCUUGAGAUAGAAAACUUCUGUUGUACAAUUUUCCGUAGCUAUAAAUAAUAGAAUUUAGUUUAUUGGUACAUUUUCCAUUGGUGAUGUGCAACCAAUUCCAUGGGAUUCAAAUGACAAAGAGAUUUUCGCCAUGUUGGAUGAUAUUUGCAUUACAAACAAGCACAAUCCUUUGUCAAUAUCAUCCAACAUGGCGACGGUGACGUAACGGCAAAACAAGACAAACCUUGACUAAUCUCUCAUCCAUUUUCGACCAACUUUGCCCAUGGGCAAUUUCCAUUAGUCGCACAAAUUUUCAUAUUUUUUAACUUUAUCGUGCUGACAGACAGAUACACAUAUACAAACGCGGAUAAAAACAUAUGAUAAGUUCCUGGUGGAGUUUUCCAGAGAUAGAUAUGUGGGAUAGAAACCAAUAUCCAUCCUCAUUAGACAUGAUCCACAUGCUAAUUGGAUUAUCGUAGACGAGCUACACGCGUUCCCUUUUAUAUAUGAA